AUGGCGCUGCGGUAUCCGUGGCGGAUCGCGUUUAUUCUUUUCCAGCUGGCUUUGCUUAUCUUCAUCAUCUACUACCAUGCCUACUACCGCGGCGAGAUCCGCGAUAACGGCCGGUUGUGGUUGUUCCUCAGCUCUAACCACUUUGGUGUGCGGUUUGUUUCUGCCAUCAUCGGUGUGAUCAUUGCCUUUUGCUGGCAAUCUUUCUUUCUCAGCGUCAGCACCAUGACCCCCUUUCACCUCCUCUCGCAACGGACCCAACCACCCGGACGCUCCAUUCUCUUCGUCCCGCCCACCAACCCCUUCUCCGGCAUUUACUCGGCCACCCAGCACCGCCAACCCUUCCUCCUCGCCGUCUCCCUCGCAGCCGCCUUCUCCGAGUUCCUGCCCGUCGUGCUCUCCAACGUGCCCUUCAACCUCGCGCAGACGGGCACGGCGGCGACGGUAUGCGCCGUGCUGAGCUGUGUGGCUUUGGGCCUGCUGAUCGCCGUGCUGGGCGCGUCGUUUGCGGUCCGAUACCCGCCCAUGCCGGUUGAUCCGCGCUGUGUCGCCGGGCUGAUGUGGUAUGUGGCGAGGAGUGGGAUGGUGGCGGACUUUGGGGGAGUGUCAAGGUUGAGUGGGGAGGAGAGGGAGAAGAGGGUGAAGGGGAUGGGGAGACGGUAUUUUUAUGGGGUUUUGGAGGGUGACGGGGAGGGGGUGAGGCUUGGAGUGGAUUGUGAUGUUGGGGUUGGAGGGGAGGAGGAGAUGGGGUAUCGCGGUGCUGGGGAGGAGGCUUGGAGGGAGAGUAACCCGGGGAGGAAGUGA